AGCCGCAGGAGGAUCUGGGUCAGGAGGUCGUCCACCAGGUUACUGCCGACGGUGGAAGGAGUUCUGGGAGGACGGGACCGGUUAGCCGACUAUAUCCUCUGGAUAAAUUUUAUCUGGUUUGGGACCAGCCGGGCUACACCCAGAGCCACCAGGUGGAGUGUAAAGUGGCGGAGGUUGUGUGAAGAGGUGGACUGAGCUGUCUCCAGAUCCUCCAUGUUGUCCCAACACCUGCUCCACGUGAGCCCGGAUGGACUGGGCCACCUGGAAAACAUGGAGACCAUGGAGACAAUAGGCCCAGACGCAUGUUGUGUGUAUCUUUCGAAUACUAAUCAUUUGAUAAAUCAACUAACUACAAAAAUAUAGAUAUUUUGAAAACAACAAUAUAGGUAAACCUUUUUACAAGAAAAGUAAGUAAGUGAAUCAAGGUAUGUUAAAUUCGAUAAGCUGCAAAAUGAUGAUAAAACACACAAAGAGGUCAGCAGAAUAUCAGCAUGGAGGCAUCUAAUCCCGACAUCUGGAGAGUGGAGACCUGGUGAGCAAUGGGCAGGAGGAGGUGGGUGGUGUGCUCCCUGUCUUCCGUCACCCUGACCCGGUGGAAAGAGGAGCAGUGUUUUGCUUGGUCUCCUUGGUGAGCAUGGUGAUCGUCUGAGUGGGCCAGAUUGUUUGGUUUCACGCCCUAUUGUGCUACUUUUGAUCACGUUGGACUUUAAAGAAUAGCCAAACGUUUGUUAGCCGUAGUUGUGCUGGGGACAGUACUGGUCAGUACCUGAGUCAGAAGCUGAGAAACGACCUCUAUAUGAUGAAGGCAUUAGCAACAAACGCCCACCUGGGCGUCGCUGAGGCGUGGGUGUAGUCGACAGCCGCCUCGACCUCAGUGGAGGACGGCCACAACAGAGAGACUGUGAUUGAAAGUUCUGAAAUGAUUCAACUCGGAUCCUAUAUUUUUGGAUGAUAAAGACAAAGAUUAUUUGAGACACAUUAUAAUAUGAACAUUCUUUAAAGCAGGCCCAUGCUUGUCUACAAAUGAUAUCAAUACGAAUAGCCACAAGAUGGCGUUCCUUGCUUAAGGGCCUCGACACAGAACCAAUUACAAGCAAGUUGCAACUGUUAAAAAAAACAUAGUAAAAUAAUAUUUAACGUUAUCUUUCCAACAAUUGAUCUGUUUUUGUGAUCAUAAAACUCUCAGGCAUUAACCUCAACAUUCCAAGUUAUUUUUGGUAGGCCAGAGCAGUGCAGUUCAUUUUUGUUCUUUGGUGUCCCCUCGGGCCCUAAAGUUGAUACAUCUAUGCAGUCAUUCAUAUGUGCAUCAUUUUCGGCCGCCAUUAAGGAGCCUCUGAGCCGGUUUUACACACAAUCGAUUUUAGAGUUUAACACUAAGCUGUGUUGGAAGGUAAAAUCUAACCAUGACUUGUUGGCAACUUGCAAAGUCCUUUUACAAUUCCCAAGCAACAAUUAUUUAGAUUAUUAUAUUCAAGUGGAAGUGGUGUGGUGGUCCCUGUAUGAGCGCGAAAAAAAACGAUUUUUAUGGUAAGCAUCCGGUCGAGCUAAUGUGACGAAGCACACGAUUACGUUUGUUUCUCCCCACUGAACAAUUCAACUUACUACCCUCACGAAGGUAGGAGGCAGAAACACUUGUCCUGCCGCUUUGCCAGCUCACGACCACUUUUAAAGUGUGAACGAGUAGUUGGCCCGUCUGAUUCCAGGUGAAGAAGCCGAAGACGAUGGACUGGUUCCACUGUAACCGAUGUUUCAGGAGGAAAGGGCCCAAGUUCUUCGUCUCCAGUUGUGGCCAUAUCUGCUGUGAGGGUUGCAUCAACUCCAAACAAUGCACCGUUUGUGGAGCCAGUUGUCAUUAUCUGCCUCUUACAGAUGCGAUGAAGCCACAGGAAGAAGUGUUUUUCAAGGACCCUGUGAAACUUAUUCAAACACGGCUUGAGCACAUAACACAGAUUGCCCUCUUUCAACGCAAACAGAAGGAGCGAGUAACGGCCUACUUCAAGCAUAAGUCUUCUGAACUGGAGAGACGCCUGAAGGAGGCCACAGAGCAGGGUUACAGGCAAGUCUGUGAGCUGAAAAGACAAAAUGCAGAGUUGAAGAAGCCUCUUUCUCAGAGAAGGGUCUCACCGGGACAAUUUCUAACAAGCAGUGCCCACAGGAUAUCUCUUCCAGUUGCGGUCACACCUCCAGUGACACCUUGCCCACAGAAUAUGAGUCAUCCCAGCUCGGCCGAAUCCCAGGGGAGAGCUAGAGGCCCACGGCUUUCCCUCAUGACACCACCUGGAUCGGUCCGGUCCAUGUCCACUCAUACUUCCCAUCAGGACUUCAGUACACCAGUCUCCUAUACUCCUCCAUUCAGGGCGGGAAAUCAAAACCCAAAUGUUUUCCAGUUUCAGUUAUUCAGUGGAUCAUCCCUACAGUCUCCCAGACCUGGGAGAAAUUGGCACUGAAAUCCAUUUAGUGGUCACGUUUCUGGUAAAUUUAGUCACGAUGAGGUCAUCCCAUUUAUGGUAAACCCUAGGUUUGUUUUUGUAGUUGAAUGACUUGUUGUUCGUUUUGCACAGGCCAUGUGGCAUUAUGCUGUUUAAGAUAUGUAUCCAUUCAUAGGUUUUCAUAUUCUAUAUUCUAUUCAUAAGAAAAUGGCUGGAAAAGUUAAUUUCUAUUCAUGGUUUCAAAAA